CUCAACUUCAGCCGGCCCUCGAUGGACACGUCCCGCCUGGCCCGCCAGCCCAGCCAGCCCAGCCCUGGAGUCAUGUCCCCCGCUGUCGGCAUGACGCCUGGCUCGUUUGUCGACCAAGACCCGUACCCCAGGAUCGAGAGCAUGACCAACCGCGGCCGCUAUAGCUACGCCAGCAGCCACGUCAGCACCGUCAACAGCCCUCGCCGUGUGCGCAGGAGGAAGGACCCCACGCCCUUCAAUAUCCUCGUCGUUGGCUCCAAGGGCUCGGGCAAGUCUGCCUUUAUCGAGUUCCUGCGCACUGCACUCGCGCUGCCCGCUCGUAAGCGCCCAACCACGCCCUCUCCACCUGCCACUGCCGUGGGCAGCAAUGAAUCGCCGUUUACUUCCGAGUUCCUCGAGACCGAAGUAGACGGCGAGCGAGUGGGCGUCACCCUGUGGGACUCGGAGGGCCUGGAGAAGAACAUUGUCGACUUCCAGCUGCCCCUCAUCACGGCCUUUCUCGAGUCCAAGUUUGAGGACACGUUUAGUGAAGAGCAAAAGGUUGUUCGAUCUCCGGGCGUCAAGGAUACGCACAUUCACUGUGUGUUCCUCAUCCUGGACCCCGCCCGUUUGGACCAGAACAUUGCCGAGUCGCGCAAAAGGUCCAAGGUCGUCAAUGCUGGCAGUGCCAUUUUCGGGGGCUUGGACAAGAACCUGGAUCUCAAUGUGCUCCGUGAGCUGCAGUCGAGGACAACUGUGAUUCCAGUCAUUAGCAAAGCAGACACCAUUACCGGCGCCCACAUGCGCUAUCUCAAGAAGACGGUGUGGGAUACCAUCAAGCGUGCCAAACUGGAUCCACUCGAGGCUCUGAACCUCGACUUGGGCGACGACGAUGACGACCUGCUAGACGAGCGUGACGAGGAUGAGUACGGACAGUCUGACGACGAGGACAAAUCCGAGGUGCUCAACAAGAUUCUGGAACGAUCGUCGUCCGAGGCCGCUCGCUCGAUUGCCUCGUCCAACGAGUCGGACAAGUCCUCUUCUCCGACAUCGCCGCCAAGUGUUCAAAAGAACCACAGCCGCAAGGCGUCUGCCAUUGCUACGUCGAUUCACAGCGAAGACGCCGAGUCUCCCUUCCUGCCGCUGAGCAUCAUCUCGCCGGACCCUUACGAGCCCGAGGUGGUUGGACGUAGAUUCCCCUGGGGAUUUGCUGACCCGUACAACCCAGAGCACUGUGACUUUGUCAAGCUUCGGGAGAGCGUCUUCAGCGACUGGCGAGCUGAGCUCCGUGAGGCUAGCCGUGAGCAGUGGUACGAAAACUGGAGGACCACCCGUCUCGAGAAGGGCAGACGACGGGUCGUGACUGCAGAUGGACCCGCUUCCAGACAACUUUCCGUUCCCACCACCAACGGCCGCGCAGUCAGCGCGGGAUCCCGCGACUACGUUCCAUACCGGCCCAGUGCCUUUUAGCCACGUAUCUGCGCUGGUAUGUCCUGGAUGACAAAGUCGCCCAUUCCGCCAUUCUUCAAGCAACAUCUAUCGGACAGUGCAUAUUCGAGCCAGCCAGCCGCAUCAAGCUUUUCGAAUAUCUUGCACUUUAGCACUAUUGCCUUGGACAUGGUACAUGUAUACGCUCGAAGCGUUUUUCCUAUGUCGACAUGUACCUGAUACUCUUUUGUCUUUUUACCUUUUGUCAUUGCUGGUUUCGAUAUUGCGCAUACCCAUUUUCUGCUGUUUUUGUAUUCAUCCGAUUCAAGCUUUUCGGUCACUGUCCAUUCUUGCACAAGGAUGCCAGUGGCCAGGUUUCGACGCUGAGCGUAGUUUUAUGGAGGUUUGAGCAGUGCCAAGGUACUUGCAAAGUCUAUUUAGCGACCAAUUCUGUCACGAGAGCAUUUGGACAAGGUUUGAGAGGAGGUUUGAGGAAAUGUAAAAACUUUU